AUGGCAGAGACAACUUUUGUAUUUCCGGCAACAAAAAGAGAAACAACAACUUCUCUUCCUUUAACAUUUCUCGACUUACCUUUUACAGGUCCGAAAUAUGUUGAACGUCAAUUCUUUUAUAACUUUCCUCAUCCAAGGAAUCAUUUUUACCAAACAACACUCCCAUCUCUAAAACAUUCUCUUUCCCUUACACUUCAACAUUUCUUCCCCCUUGUUGGAAAUCUCCGUUGUCCUCCACCACCCCAUAAACCUUUUAUUCUUUGCACCCAAAAUGAUGCUUUAACUUUGACUGUCAUUGAAUCCUUGGCAGAUUUCAACAAUCUUUCAACCAAUCACCCAAAAAGUGUCAAAGAUUUUAGUCACCUUGUUCCAAAAUUAACACAAAAAAUAGACUUUGAUGAUAAUGACACAUUAAUAUUUUCUUUGAUGGCAUUGCAAGUAUCUUUUUUCCCCAACCAUGGUAUUUGCAUUGCCAUCACAUAUUGCCAUGUGAUGGAUGAUUACUUUUGCAACUAUUUCAUGAAAUCUUGGUCUUUUAUCCAUAAAAAAGGUGAGCUAAUUGACAUGAAAUCACUACCAUGUUUUGAUAGAAAAGUCUUGAAAGACCCAAAAGGACUUGAAAAUAUUCUAUUAAAAGGCUAUUUUGAACAGAGGGAAACAUGGAAGAAUAGAUUCCUUGUUCCAAGUGAUUGUAGAGAGAGACUAGGGUACCCAAUACCAGAGGGAUAUUUUGGGAAUUGCUUAACAUUAUGUUUUGUAGCUGUUAGGAGAAAGGAUUUGAAAGGAGAAUAUGGUUUUGUGAAUGCUGUUAAAGCCAUUCAAAAUGCAAUAACAGAGAUGAAAAAUGAUCCAUUGAAAGAUGCAAAAGAAUGGGAUGCUAUGUUUAAAAAGGUUUUUAUGUCUGGAAAUCAUUUGUUGGUAAGUGGUUCCCCUAAGUUUAAUGUUUAUGAGACUGAUUUUGAAUUUGGAAAUCCUAUAAAAGUUGAGAUGAUGAUGCAUUCAUCGAAAGAUAUGUCUCUUGCUGAAAGUGGAGACAAAGAUGGUGGACUUGAAGUUGGGUUGAUAUUUAAAAUAGAGGAAUUGAAACAUUUAUAUUCUUUCAUUGAACAAGAGCUUGAAGCUUUGAAAUUCUAA